UGGCGGAGCCUCGCAGUACGCGUCGCGCCGCGCCAACAGACAGUCAGGACGGACCCGACCCUGGGAAUAAAAAAACGCGCAGCCCCGUCUGUCUGAAGAUUAUUUUAUUGCAGCGAGGUAGGGCAGUUCAGUGAAUUUCUCCAUGAAUGUACGUCACAAUGAUGAUGACAGACCAGAUUCCACUGGACUUGGCGCCGCCCCCCCUCCUGAACGGGGAGGUCCCUCUCAUGCCUCACAUGGUUAACGGUGACGCGGCACAACAGGUGAUCCUGGUGCAGGUAAACCCGGGGGAGACGUUUACCAUCCGGGCAGAGGACGGCUCACUGCAGUGCAUCCAGGGUCCUGCUGAGGUUCCCAUGAUGUCCCCAAAUGGGUCAAUCCCCCCCAUCCACGUACCCCCAGGAUACAUCUCACAGGUGCUGGAGGAUACCACAGGGGUCCGCCGGGUGGUGGUGACCCCCCAGUCUCCGGAGUGCUACCCUCCCUCAUACUCUCCAGCCCUCUCCCCCACGCACCACCUGCCCCCUUACCUGGCUCACCCUCACUUCAUCCCCAACUCUCACUCUUUCUACCCCCCUGUCAGUCCCGGGGAGCUGCCCCCCCACCAGUACUACCAGCACCACCUUCCCCCCAUGUACGGCGAUCCAGAAAUCAUCCCAGUUUAUGGGAUGUCUAACUACAUAGGCAGAGAGGAGACGUACAGUAAGCCACAGCCCAAAAAGAUAAAGGAACAGAGACAACUAGAGCGACAGAACCGACUUAACUCCCCUCCCUCCACCCUCUAUAAGAGCCUGGGGCCAGCACACAACGGAUACAGCAACAAAUCACACGCCCCGUCGCUCGGGUCAGUGGGGUCGGGGGGCGGGCUCAGCAGUCCAGGAGGGAAGAAGCCAGAGAGACGCCUCCGCAGCAGUCCACGAAACAGUGAACCAGAGACACACACACAAGAUCAUGAUUCAGAGGGGAAGCGUGUACAAGACAUGCUGUCUGCAAUCGACAAACCACAGGUGUCCAAUGUGCAGGCGCGGGCCGCACGGCUGUCCUGGGCCCCCCCGGCAGGGCUGGUGAACAGGCAUAGUAACGGGAUGCCCGUGUCCUGCUCCUUUGAGGUGUCUCUCUCAGAUAAAGGACGAGACGGAAAGUAUCGCCUUAUAUACAGCGGUGAAGAAUUGGAGUACCAUCUGAAAGACCUAAGGCCAGCAACAGACUACCACGUACGGGUGUCUGCGAUGUACAACUCGGUUCGAGGCUCGUGUUCAGAGGCCGGCUCGUUCACCACACACUGCAGCAUCCCCGACGUCCCGCUAUCCCCGAAACUCUCCCACCGCACCAAGACCACCCUCACCCUACAGUGGAAGCCUCCGGGUGACAACGGAUCCAAAAUCACAAACUACCUGCUCGAGUGGGAUGAGGGAAAGAAGAACAGUGUUUUCAGAGAAUGUUACUUUGGGAGCCAGAGACACUGUAAGCUGACACGACUCUACCCCGCCUGUGGCUACACGUUCAGAGUGGCUGCGCACAACGACAUUGGCACAAGCGGCUUCAGCACAGAGGUGGUGUUUUACACCAUGGGCACCCUGCCUGCUCUGCCUCUGGCACCGCGGCUGGUCAGGGCGGGGGUGUCCUGGGUGACCCUGGAGUGGGGGCGUCCAGAGGGCAGUCCGAGCGAGGAGCAGCUCAAAUACACACUUGAGAUCCAGGAGGACAACAGCGGAACAGACUUUCAUCCAAAGUACACUGGAGAAAACUUGACCUGUACUGUACAAGGCCUGAAGAGGAGUACACAGUAUAAAUUCAGGCUCAUAGCAUCAAACACAGAGGGAAAGAGCAGUCCCAGUGAAGUGUUGGUGUGCACCACCAAUCCAGACAAACCCGGCCCUCCGUCUACACCCUGUGUCACCGCGGCGAAGCCCUACGGAUUUAACGUCACAUGGGAUCCCCCCCAGGACAACGGGGGCUCGGAGGCUCUUACGUACCUGCUAGAGAUCUCAGAGGGAUGCUCCGAAGCGAGCCAGUGGGAGGUAGCAUACAGUGGUCCAGCAACAGAAUGUGUGUGUGAGCGCCUGACACCUGGGACCUUCUACCGCCUACGUGUGUGCAGCAUCACCACCGGAGGACACAGCCCUUGCACUGUUAGUGUUCCGGUCCGUACAUUAAGCGUCCCACCAGGGCCCUGCCAGCCGCCAAGGAUUGUGGGUAAAGCCAAACACAAGGAAGUGCAGUUAGAAUGGGACGCCCCUGUAUCUGAGGGCGUAUGCGAGGAGUGUGUGUUCAGUCUGGAGAUGAGUGAGGGGGACACCAAGCCUGCAGAGGUCUACCAUGGGUCAGAGCUGCAGUGCACUGUUGGCAGUCUGCUCCCCGGCGCCACAUACAGCUUCCGACUGCGGGCCGCCAAUGAGGCUGGGUUUGGCGCGUACUCCGAGCCGACAGAGGUGACGACUGCAGCGGGUCCUCCUGGCCAGUGCGGGGCGCCACUCAUCACUCUCACCAGUAACACCUGUGUAACGCUCAACUGGGAGAGUCCCGAGGGUUCGGGUACAGACAUCUCUGAGUAUCGUUUGGAGUGGGCAAGGGAAGAGGAGCCCAUGGAGCUCAUCUACUGCGGAUCUGCCACACAGUGUGAACUGUCAGACUUGACGCCUGCUACAGAUUUCUGCUGCAGGCUACAGGCGGUGAAUCAGGCAGGUGCUGGUCCGUACAGCGAGCAGGUGAGCUUCCGGACCCCGGCGACAAAUCCCGACCCGGUCUCCUCUCUCCUCCUCCUGGACCUCCCAGCCUCCUCGGAGUCAGGUCACUCCCCGUCUACCUGCCUGUACCUGAAGUGGGACGAGCCGAACAGCAACGGUGCGGAGAUCACCUCCUACGUCAUCACCCUGGACGACCAAACCAUCACUGUGGAAUCGGGGACAAGUCACCUUGUCACAGACCUGCAGCCAGACAGUGAAUACAGUGUACAAAUCCAGGCAGUGAACGCCAUUGGCUCCAGUCCCCUGAGUCCACCCCUGCUGGCGAGGACACGCCCCCUCCCUCCGGCCCCGCCCCCUCUCGAAUGCUCGGCGGCGGGCCCCCAGAGCCUGAAGCUGAAGUGGGGCGAAAAUGCCAGCAACACGCACACUCGCGCCCUGCUAGUCGAUGAGAUGGUCUACACACUACAGAUGGAGGACAAGAACCACAGGUUUGUGACGAUCUACCGCGGCCCCAGCCACACCUACAAGGUCCAGCGAUUGACAGAGUCGAGCAGCUACAGCUUCAGAAUACAGGCCAUCAGUGAUGCUGGGGAGGGUCCUUUCUCUGACACACACACCUUCUGCACCACCAAGUCCGUACCCCCAGCCCUCAAAGCGCCCAGAGUGCACCAGCUGGAGGGGAACAUGUGUGAGAUCACAUGGGAGACCAUCCCACCAAUGAGGGGCGAUCCUGUGAGCUACGUGUUGCAGGUGCUGGUGGGACGCGAGUCAGAAUACAAACAGGUUUUUAAGGGAGAGGAGGGCGUGUUCCAAAUCUCUGGUCUCCAGGGCAACACAGACUAUCGUUUCCGCGUGGGCGCCUGCCGCCGUUGCCAGGAUACGUGCCAGGAACUGUGCGGACCACUGAGCCCCUCCUCCUUGUUCACGCUGCGUCGCCAGGAGACGGCGUCGUCGGGAGAGCUGUGCGCCGUGGACACGGGGAAAGGGGCCGGCCUGAUCUCCAGCGACGAGCGCUUCGCUGCGCUCAUCGUGUGCGUGUUCGCAGGCUUCUCCAUCCUCAUCGCCUGCUUGCUACAGUACUUCUUCAUGAAGUGAGGGAAUUUUAACUAUAGGAUAGAAAGAGAAAGCAAAAAUCACAGAGUCUAUGAAAGAACCGAAUGAAAUCAAAACAAACACUUGAGAUAUACUUCUAAGGCUAUGUAUGUAUGUUUUAUUUUUUUGUUGUUUUUUUUUUAGUCAAAGUAUCAAUUCUGGCUUUCCUCACCUUGGUCCUGUUGUCUUCUGCCUUCACUCAGUUUGGUCAAAUUUCUCUCUAUAUCUCUGUUGUCUUUGUAUCAUUGUCUGUCUCAUUUGUUAAGGAUUUCUGUCGAGGGAAGCCUUGUCUUAGCUGUACCUCGGUUGGGAAAAGUAAACUGAUAAUCAAGCCUUAAAAUAGCUGUGAGCAAAGCAGUUGCUCCUCAGACUGACUUGCAUGUUUUUAUUUUGUAUCUUUUUAAAACAUAUUCGAUUAGAGAACGUGUAUAUUUCUUGACGGUCAUUGCCUUACUUUUUUGUUUGUUUGUUUUUCAAUGUGUAAUUUGCUUAUUUUUUUUUGUUGCAGUCUUUAUUCAUUUCAGCCAUAUUCCAAUGUAGGCCUUCAAAGCUUUAGCCGUUCAUACCUUAUUAUUCAGUUUGUUACUACUCUACAGGCUGUCGGUCAGUUCAUGCAAUCUGCGCCUGCUCUCACACACACCGACUGACAAAGACACAACGCACGCUCACACGUGCAAAUUUACACGUGCGUACAUGCGCACACAUACAAAUACACUUAUGCAGUGACAGUGAGAAACACACAUUUCCUCCAAUCACAUAUCUGCUCAGCUUUUAACAUUCAAUCACUCACUCAUUCAGCUACCAAAGUGAUGCAAUUCAUGUGUGGUGUAAGAUGCUGCUAUCCUGUGAUUUUAUUAUAUCUGAGAAAGAAUGGAAAACCAGUAAUCUAAUAUAUAUACACACUAUAUAUAUAUAUAUAUAUAUAUAUAUAUAUAUAUAUAUAUAUAUAUAUAUGUA